AUGGCGACAGAGGCAUCGUCAUCCCAGCCCAUGGCUGUGGGAGAGACACCGCGUUCGAUCACACUGCAUAUACUCUGCCAGUCUUUACCCCCUCCAAGCCGCCUCACCCUUGAAGAUGUCCCCCUUUCUAUCACACUUGCCCAGCUCAAGGAGCGUAUCGAACAGGCCUUCCCAGGGAAUCCUCGAGCUUCUACUCAAAAGCUCAUCUACCGAGGGAAGGUGCUCAACAUCGAUGGCGCAAUUCUUAGGACAGUAGUAUCAUCCGUGGAGGAGGAUAUCGACAGCAUGCACCUUGUAUUGCCGCCGCCCGAACUAACUAGAGUACCCCCUCUCUUUCAGAUGUCGCAAAAUGUUCCUGGAGGCUCUAGUCGAACUUCCGGUUCUACGUUGUUCAAUACAUCUAACUCAAGAUCCUCGGUAACUGGAGCCAGCCCAUCUGUGGCAUCUGGUGCCACCACGUCUGCCGGUGCCGCACUAAAUUCCCCUCCUCCGCACAUUGUAUCCAAUCAGUUCGUCCAUGUGCCAUCACCUCACUCGCAACGAAUUACUCAACAAUCAGCCAAUCUACAUGGACCCUUUCUGAAUGCACGUGAAACAAAUGAUAGUGGAGUUGCUCAACAGAUCCUCGCCAUUCGAACUCAGAUCGAAAACAUUGAACGAGGACUCGACUAUGGUCUCAUACCACCCAUGGAGCAUGUGAUUCAUCUAAGGACCCAGCUUCUUGAUUUUCAAGAUAGACAACAUUCGAGCCAACUUCCUUUGGUCGGAAUUACAGGGCUAAUUAGCCGUCUUCUUGAGAUCCAACAACGUACGCGAACACAGGGACCUACGCAACAACAACAUCCACAUUCACGGACAAACUUUCCGGUUCAGAACCGAUGGAGCUGGGUAGCCAAUACAACCAACACAUGUCCACCAGGCACGAGUGAAGAAGGUGUCCAGAUCUUCAUGGUUACUUCGCCAUCAGGAAACAACAGUGUCAUUGUAAAUGGACCAGAGUUGCCCAUGAUCCCAAGUCAGUCAAUGUUUCUCCCAAACGCAGCUGCUCGCACUCAUGGAGCCGGUGCACCUCCGCCACCUUAUCCCAACGGAGGUGUAGCCCAGAAUGCCGUUCGUCAGGCAUUGGCCAACCAACAACGUCGUGGCGACAACAUCGAGCACGCCGGUCUAGCACGACACAUCCGUCGCAUCUGGCUGUUCGCCCGUCUGUGGUUCUUCUGUUAUCUGAUUAGUGCCCCUGGCACAUGGAGGCGUUACAUCUUCGUUAGCAUUUCCUUACUGGUUACAUUCCUCUCCGAGACGGAUAUCCCGCAGCAGCUCCUGCGGCUAGUUGUUAAUCCCGUGCAACGCCACCUCGAGGGCCUCACUCAUGCUGGCGGGCCAGCAGACCCAUCUACCCAAGGUGGCGCCGAUGGAGCCGCUACAGGGUUCGAUGUCUGGGACCUGGCCCGUCGUUUGGAGAGAUCCCUUGUCCUUCUUUUCGCGAGCCUGAUCCCCGGGCUCGGUGAGCGCCAGGUUCAGGCUCGCACUGCAGCCGACGAAGCUCACCGGGCUGAGCAAGAGCGCCUGGCGCGGGUGCGUCGGGAAGAAGAGGAAGCUCCGCCCCGUCAGGGGCAGGAGCAGGUGCAGGAGCAGGUGCAGGAGUAG